ACCACACGAAUGGGUACUAGAUCCUUCCAAGGGUCACAGGCCCGGAACGAGUUGCUAUACGUAAUGAACGUACAUCCUCCACGCGAGUCUCAGGCUGCUCAACCUUAACGAACAUGUGAUGGUGAGAACAGCAUCUCAAGGCGGACCCACCACAUCCCUAACACGUUCCGCGUUGGCGUCCUCCGUGUUUUGUUGCAUCGUUCACGUUCAGCACCGUCAGAUGACGGCAAACGCCCUCGAUAACCCGCUGCUUCUGUUGUCAGAGGACGAGCGUUCGCAAUUGCGGGGUCGCUCACUCCAGGAGAUCCGUAGCUGGCUGGAGAUCGAAGCUCGAGAACGCCGUUGCUGCCUGGCGGAUCUCCACAGCGCAUACAAUGCGACACUCGCUAUACACAGACUGCCCAUCGAGAUCCUUGUGAAGACCCUGGACCUCGUCGGCAGUGAAUUUCUAACCUGGACCGAGGCGCACUGGUGGAAGGUCAUCCGACGCUUUUGGGUGCUCAGGAUCAUGGGAGUUUGCAGGCACUGGAGGAGUUCGAUUGUGGGUUCUCCUGUCUUUUGGGUGAACAUUUCCUUGCGGAGCAGCCGGGAGUUCGUGGACCUCUGCCUCGCGCGCUCGGCCGACAAGGCUGUCACCCUUUUCCGGCCGGCAUAUCGCCCCUCCCAUGUCGAUGAUGACUGCUCGAUACUGGUUGCGCUCGUGGCGCAACACCAUUUACGGAUUGCCAGUGUUGUCGUCGAGGGCGAUCAACCUGGGAUUGCCGAUACUCUCACCCAAAGCUUCAAGACCUUCCUCCCUUCGCUAACUUCCAUGGAUCUCACGCUUUCCAGAGGAGCCCAACGCUCGGUUUAUCCCCUGCAAUUCACACAAGGUCAUCUCCCCAGCCUGCGACACGUCCGCAUGUCUGGUGUCACGCUGGACCAGUGGAGCGCUCUCCCCUUUGCACAAUUGACAUCGUUGACAAUCUCGGGGAUCAGAGUUCUUGAUCAUGACCUCAGGGAGUCCUGUGAACUUUCUUUUCCGGCCCUCCUAGAGCUCCUGGGUGCUUGCACGUCAUUGGAAGAGCUCACAUACAAUGAUAUGGUGCAAGAGGAAAUGUGGGCAGCCGAUGUGAACCUCACUGUGUCGCUAUCCCAUUUACGGCACCUCCGAAUGUCUGGGACAACAACAAACAUCUCGAAGGUUGUGGCGCAUUUGUCAUUGCCGCCGACCGUUCAGCUCUACCUCGACUUACGCGCGCGCGACACUUUUGCCAUUCUCCCCACGGAACACGAGCACGACCACCUUUCGGUCCUCAAUGCCGCCCUCCCGCGAGAUGUCACGAAGCUGCCUGUUCUCCAGAACCUACGGCAUGUCAUGGCAUGGUGCACUAAUCACAGGCUCGAUGUCUACGCUGUAUCGGACAUCACCGCACUCUGGAAAUCGCAGCUAUGGAGAAUAUCAGACCGCAGAUUCCUCCCAGUCACGUAUGACCUCGACAUCCCGCCGAUGCCAUCAGUCUAUAUGACGUACCCCCUAGACUAUCGCCAACUUCGCCUGAGCCGCGACGUCCUCCGAGGUGUUAUAGCUGAACUCGGCGACGGAUAUCUCUCACCAGCCGUGCAGACACUCGUCAUAUGCGGAGAUGCUGAGGGUGUCGACACUCACAGCUGGAUCCGACUGCUCACCGCCUUCCCAAAUCUCGAGCAUCUCGAGGUCGUGGCGGAUGCUUGUAGCGUAUGUGCCCUCCCACCUGCUCUUGCGCCGAGCCCUGCUGGUAUUCCCUGCACACGGCUGCACAAACUUGUUAUUCGGUUCAAUCCUCUGGUGCGCCACGACGUCAAUGGUCGGACAAUGUUCGAUGCCCUCCAUGCGGCGCUGCGAGCUCGUACUGCAGGCGGCUGUCGCCGCCUGCAGACCCUUUGCCUUGUAGCGGAACCCCGGAAACCGACUGCGUGGCCCAAAUGGGGCUCUGCUUAUAACGCCGGCCCGUAUGCGUUAGCUGUCGACUAUAGGCUGCCCGAUGACUUUCAGGAGAUCAAGGCCGAUCUAGAGUCUGUCGUGGACUUGUUGACGGUCACGGUUCAGACGCAUCAUUGGGAUCUUAAGGUCAAGCCGUUCAACUGGUGACUCCCCUUGAUUUCUGUCCGCCAUUGUCCGAGUGACCAGCCAGUAAGUCACAUGAAUUCUGGAGAGUGUCGUGCCAGUGCGUAGCUCAUCAGUAUGUCAAGACAUCAUCCUGCUCUAUUCCUGUUCUUGGUGAGGCUCAAACACGUCCUGCUUUCACUCGCACGUAGAAUGGCAUAU